UUUUAAUCUAAAUUACUUAAGCUUAUAAAUAAAUUUUUGGGGGGCAGGCUUCAGUUCCACGACAAGAGGCGGCUGCCUUACGCUCGGGAAUCAAACGUGGCUAACAACCAUUGGCCAGCAACCAUCCGACGUGUCUUCCUCUACGAGAACACCGCCGCAUUAUAUCCAAUCCGCCUACGUGGCAGGACGCUAGCCUGGCACACCCAGAUGUCAGAAAUCGUAAAACAUUAAAAUCCCAUCCCACAAAAAUGAAAUAUUAGUUAAUUAAAUAAUUAUUAAUAUUAAUAUGGAGGAUUAUUCUGAGGCUGACAUGGCUGGGGGCUUCUUGCAAUGCGUUGCAGUGGAUGUCUCAGUGAGGGAGAAAAGAGCACUUUGUAGUUUGUACUGUUCUUAGGGUUACGAAUAUCGCUGGAAGGGAAGAAGAAAGGAGGGCAGGGCAGCAAUGGUGGAGGUUGGGUUUCUAGGUCUCGGUAUAAUGGGCAAAGCCAUGGCCACUAAUCUCCUCCGCAAUGGCUUCAAGCUCACCGUCUGGAACAGGACCCCUUCUAAGUGUGAUGAGCUAGUGGAGCAUGGUGCUUCCAUUGGAGAAACCCCUGCAGCAGUAGUCAAGAAAUGCAAGUAUACUAUUGCAAUGUUGUCUGAUCCUUCUGCUGCUCUCUCGGUGGCUUUUGACAAAGAUGGUGUUCUUGAGCAAAUUUGCAAUGGAAAAGGUUACAUUGAUAUGUCAACAGUUGAUGCUAAUACUUCUUCAACAAUUUGUGAGGCAAUUUCAUCAAAAGGUGGCUGUUUUCUCGAAGCUCCAGUUUCUGGUAGCAAGAAGCCUGCUGAAGAUGGUCAGCUAGUAAUCCUUGCUGCUGGGGAGAAGGUACUGUAUGAAGAAGCAAUUCCUGCUUUCAAUGCUAUGGGGAAGAAGUCUUUCUUCUUGGGUCAAGUUGGAAAUGGAGCAAAAAUGAAACUGGUUGUCAAUAUGAUAAUGGGCAGUAUGAUGAAUGCAUUUUCAGAGGGACUUGUACUUGCUGAUCAAAGUGGACUGAACCCACUAACUCUUCUUGAUGUAUUGGACCUGGGAGCAAUUGCUAAUCCUAUGUUCAAGUUGAAAGGACCCACUAUGAUCAAGAACAGUUACUCCCCAGCAUUUCCUUUAAAACAUCAGCAGAAGGAUAUGAGGCUGGCUCUUGCCCUUGGGGAUGAGAAUGCAGUAUCGAUGCCGGUAGCAGCUGCUGCCAAUGAGGCUUUCAAGAAGGCCAGAGGCAUGGGUUUGGGUGACCUUGACUUUUCUGCUGUCUACGAGACUGUGAAGGCGAUCGAACAUUCGUCCUGAUGGCAGUACAUGAACUGCCUUGAAGCAUGACAGCCAGGACAUCCUCCAUGGUGAUUAUGGAUGUUAAGAGCUCUGUGGUCACAAGUAUUCUCUAGUUAAUUUGCUGUUUUCUGAGGUGAUGCUGCGGACUGUUUAUGAAAUCUCCGCUUGCUAACCCUGGAAGAUACACUAUGGACAGUUAAACAACAGUGAAGAUAUUAUAGAAGGCAGAAGGGUUGCCCAGCCGAAAAAAAAAGGGGGGUGGGGGUGAAGUAAAUCAAACAAGCUUUACUUUAGGUUGACGUGUAUUGGUUUCACUGAGCCCUAAGUUGAUCUUGUGCAUGAGCUACCCAGUCUUUAGCAGCCAACCUGACUGGCUUGAACCAAUGUUAAGAGUUUUAGCUAUUGCAUAAAAAUUCUAUCCUGCUACAGAAUGUGGAAUAAAUAUAAUUUAUGUGGAAAUUAUAGCAGUCUUGUUUA